UUCCUCCCACUGGAUGAUCCCGAUUUUUCCUCCAUCACCUGCUCACCAUUUCCCCGCCUACCGGGCUCUGAUUGUGAUCUGGGGCAGCUGCAGAAGGGGGCGAAGAGGAGCCUCUGGGUUCCCGACUAGCUAGUGCCCCCUGGCCAGGGAGCAGGUGGAUCCACUGACCCGCACACCCAGGGCUAGUGUGCAGACUGCUGGCAGGCGGGGAGUCAGCUAGAACUGGCCAGCAGCGAAAUGACCCCGCGUCCCAACUUCUCGGGACAACACUGGCAACUCCAGCUCCACCAAGACCAGCAAUGAUCCGGGCGCACAGCCUGCAGCGCCAGCCUUCGUCCGGGUGUCUCUUUCCUCCCCGGGCCUCAGUCUGACGCCCACAGCCCUUCGCAGGAAGCCGACUCCCAAACCGGGGCAGGGGGUGUGGGCCGAGGCUAAAACCCCGCCUCCAGGGGUCCCUGAUCUUUGCCCUCGCGCUGGGCUCCGCGCCUCCCCAGGAGGCCACCAGCCGGCGGGCGGCUCUGCCUUUUGUGUGUUUCGCUCCGAAGUGCCAGAGACCACCCCCCGCCCCCCAGCCGUCGGGCGCGUCCCCUCGCGGCCCCCGGGCCCUCCUCUCGGAGUCCCCAGCCCCCCUGCUCGGCUUCGCGUGCCAGCUCGAGGCUCGCUGGUUCGCUCCCUGCGGCUCCAGGAGGAGGGGCGAGGGCCGGCAGCCCCCUCCCCCGCGCGCGGCGCCGGAGCCCAGCGGAGCCGGGGGGACCCGCCGCCGCCGGUCAUGUGGGCCGGACUGCUCCUCCGGGCCGCCUGCGUCGCGCUUCUCCUGCUGGGGGCCCCGGCUCGCAGCUACACCGGGAGGAAGCCGCCCGGGCAUUUCGCCGCCGAGAGACGCCGGCUGGGCCCCCACGUCUGCCUCUCAGGCUUCGGGAGUGGCUGCUGCCCUGGCUGGGCCCCCUCCAUGGGCAGUGGGCACUGCACCCUGCCGCUCUGCUCCUUUGGCUGCGGGAGUGGCAUCUGCGUUGCUCCCAACGUCUGCUCCUGCCAGGAUGGAGAGCAAGGAGCCACCUGCCCAGAAGCACACGGACCUUGUGGAGAGUACGGCUGUGACCUGUCCUGUAACCACGGAGGCUGUCAGGAGGUGGCCCGAGUAUGCCCCGUGGGCUUCUCCAUGACGGAGACGGCUGUCGGCAUCAGGUGUACGGACAUUGAUGAAUGCCUAAGCGCCUCUUGCGAGGGCCAGUGCGUGAACACGGAAGGCGGGUUUGUGUGUGAGUGCGGGCCGGGCAUGCAGCUGGCUGCCGACCGCCACAGCUGCCAAGACACUGACGAAUGCCUCGGGACCCCCUGUCAGCAGAGAUGCAAAAACAGCAUAGGCAGCUACAGGUGUUCCUGCAGACCUGGCUUCCAUCUCCACGGCAACCGGCACUCCUGUGUAGAUGUAAAUGAGUGUCGGAGGCCGCUGGAGAGGCGAGUCUGUCACCACUCCUGCCAUAACACCGUGGGCAGCUUCCUGUGCACAUGCCGACCUGGCUUCAGGCUCCGAGCUGACCGCGUGUCCUGUGAAGCCUUCCCGAAAGCUGUGCUCGCCCCAUCGGCCAUCCUGCAGCCUCUGCAGCCGCCGCCCAAGAUGCUCCUGCUGCUCCCAGAGGCCGGCCGGCCUGCUCUCUCCCCCGGACACAGUCCUCCUUCCGGGGCCCCGGGGCCCCCAGCUGGGGUCAGGACCACCAGUCUGCCUUCUCCCACCCCUGUACCACCCACAUCCUUGCCCUCUGUCCCAACUCGGCUGGUGGCUACCCCCAUGCCUCGUGCCUCCCUCUUGGGGACCCUUGGACCUCCCUCACAACCAAAGGAGGGGUCCCCGUCCUUGCCCAGGGGCCCAGCAGCCACACAGGUGGCACCAGGGUCCUCUGCCUGCUGGCACCUGGGAGCCCCGUAUGACUCAGGGAGCCGCUGGACAGAGCCUGGGUGUUCCCAGUGCUGGUGCCAGAAUGGGGAGGUGACCUGUGAAAAGGUGACAUGUGAAGCUGCUUGUUCCCACCCGGUUCCCUCCAAAGAUGGGGGCUGCUGCCCGUCGUGUACAGGCUGUUUUCACAGUGGCGUCAUCCGAGCCGAAGGGGACGUGUUUUCCCCUCCCGACGAGAACUGCACUGUCUGUGUCUGCCUGGCCGGAAAUGUGUCCUGCAUCUCCCCCGAGUGUCCUCCCGGCCCCUGUCAGACCCCCCUGAAGUCAGAUUGCUGUACUUGUGUUCCAGUGAGAUGCUAUUUCCACGGCCGGUGGUACGCAGACGGGGCUGUGUUCAGUGGGGGUGGUGACGAGUGUACCACCUGUGUCUGCCAGAAUGGGGAAGUGGAAUGUUCCUUCACACCAUGUCCAGAACUGGACUGCCCCCGAGAGGAGUGGUGGCUGGGCCCUGGACAAUGCUGUUUUACCUGCCGGGAGCCCACACCCAUGACAGGCUGCUCUCUCGAUGACAACGGGGUUGAGUUUCCGAUUGGACAGAUCUGGUCUCCGGGUGACCCCUGUGAGUUAUGCAUCUGCCAGGGCCGUGCCCCCGGGGGGUGUCUGCUGGACACACAGACUCUCCAGGCUGCUCAGACCUCUGCACUCAGAAUCUGCAUUUUAAUCCCCCGGGGUGACUCGUCUGGCCAUUGGCAUGUGAGAGGCACAGGCUUCACGGGUCUCCGAUGCACGGCAGAUGGUUCAGUGAGCUGUAAGAGGACGGACUGUGUGGACUCUUGCCCUCACCCAAUUCGGAUCCCAGGACAGUGCUGCCCGGACUGUUCCGCAGGCUGUACCUACACAGGCAGAAUCUUCUACAACAACCAGACCUUCCCGUCCGUGCUGGACCCGUGUCUGAGCUGCAUCUGCCUGCUGGGCUCUGUGGCCUGCUCCCCCGUGGACUGUCCCAUCGCCUGUACCUACCCUUUCCACCCUGACGGGGAGUGCUGCCCGGUGUGCAGAGACUGUAACUACGAGGGAAGGAAGGUGGUGAAUGGCCAGGUGUUCACCUUGGACGAUGAGCCCUGUACCCAGUGCACAUGCCAGCUGGGAGAGGUGAGCUGUGAGAGGGUCCCCUGCCCACGGGCCUGCUCUGAACCCUCUGGGCCCCCCGGAGACUGCUGUUCCUCCUGCCCAGAUGCCCCAGAGAGGAAGUCUGCGGAGGUCAGCAAAGCAGCUCGGAGUCCCCGUGGAGAUGCCGAGGCCCCGGUGAACUGUAGCUCCUGUCCAGGCCCCCCGGCGGUGUUGCCUCAGAAGCCAGUGCCCCAUGUCCUCCAGCUCCUCCUCAGAACGAACCUGUCUAAUGUGCAGACUUUACCCACGAGCCCCUCAGGAGCCCGGGCCUCGCCCUCACCCCCUUUGGGGCCUGAGGGUACAUUCCCAGGGGAGCCUGUGGCCUCCCGGCCCUCACCAGGGCCUUCGAUCCCUCCAGGAGCCUCCACUCUACCUCCAGCCUCUCCCGGGGCUCCUGGGCCUCCUCCUGUUACUCCAGAACCAUCCGCCUCCACCUCUGAGGUCCAGACAGGGGCCAGAAGGUCUUCUUCACCGGCCGUUCUCCUGACUGAAGCUUCAGCCCAUUCCACGACGGCCCCCAGCCCCUCAGAGACCCCCGCCACCCUCCUCAGGCCUCGCAGACCCUCUCCCAUCGCCUCCAGACUCUCUGCGGUCCUUACAACCACAGCCAGCUCCAGCCCCCAGUGGCCCGCUGCAGGGACCUCACGGGAGGACGAGUCCACCGGGUAAGCAGGCCUCCAGGUCGGGGCCCUGCCUGGGAGACGCUGGACAGAGAAAAGGGCCAGUGGCCCUGGGAGCUGGCAGGGAGGCCCUGGGGCGAAUGAGGCCACUGACCCCGGACGCUCACUUCUGACCUCCGGCUCCUGGAGGGAUGGGAAGUCCCCAGGACCCCUCGCAAUCUCGUCCCCAAGAAGCAUUUGGAACGUCCUGUGAGAACAGCAAUCGGUACUCUCCUUGGACAGCACUGCCGGCCUGUCUUUUGAGGACGGCUGGUGUUGCUGAGCUCCCCGCUUUGGAGGAGAGGAGUCAGCGAAGGCCCUGGAUUCCCCUGGGACUGGGCCACCAGCUGUCCCGUGUCCCUCCCUGAGGUUUCCUGAUUAAAGCCUGUCUCAGUCUCCCCCA